CGUGAACAAUCAUAAUGCAUGAAGGUAAUUUAUCUACACGUACAGGAAGUAUGUGCUCAUCUUCAGGGAACAGUAAUAAUAAUAUUAUUAAAAUACCACGUCGUACAUCAGUGACUCCAGUUACACAAAAAUCAUCCAUAUUUCCUCCACAUAGCAGAAAAUCAUUAUGCAAUAACACAACAACCAUCAGUUCAUCUAACGAAGCAACUACGUCUUUUCCAUCGGACAAAUUACGUCGUAUGUCUACGCUAUUUAGCAUUGAUCGAGCAAAAGCACGUGAAGUCAUCAUGGCUGUACUAGAAGAUCCUGCAAGAACUGAAUUUAAACGUCUGAAAAUAGAAAAUGACUGUUUAACUAGUGAAUGGAAACAAGUACGUAAAAUAUUAGGACAAUUGCAAGCAGAUUAUGAAACAAGUCGCUCAUUAGAUCCUCUAAGACGAUUUAAACAUUUACAAGGUAUGGUCAAACGUAUUGUUAUGCAUAUACGUAUUACCGAACCGAGUUCCCUGAAGAAAUUUUCUACACAUUCAGAGAAUUCAAGUGAAACCACAUUACAAGGAGAUGUUCUGCAAAGUGAAACUAAAGCGAAAGAAAUGGAAAAACGUGUUGGACAAAUGUGUGAUAAUUAUUCAAUUGAAGAAUUAACUAUACAAAAUCGACGAUUAAAUGAAUCAAAUGAACGAUUAGAAAAUCGUCUACAAUUAAUAAUACAAACAAUAAAUGAAUUAGAUAAUCUUUAUAAUUCUAUCAAAAAUGAUGGUUUCAUUAAACGUUAUACCACUUUAAAAAAUGCCGUAAAACGGAUUGUUACAAAUAAUGAUUUAUAUGAUAAUCCUUAAAUAUGAAAAUAUAACAACUAAGUAUUUAGUUUUUCUUUUUUUCACUCACUUGUCUCAAAGCUAAUCGUUGUUGUUAUUCUUGAAAAUACUACUUAAAUACUAAGUUCAAUUCUGUACAAAUUUUACUGUUUCUUUUUUCUUAAACUGAUAGUAUAAACAAACGAAUAGAUGGUAACAUGUUGAUAUAGAGUGAUGUGAUGAUAUCAAAUUUCUCCUUUAUGUUGAUAUAUCAUUGUACCCAAUCAAUAAUUUUGAUUAUUUAUACUAGUAUAUCAUUAUGUAAUUGUUUUUUUUUUGUUUUU